AUGGAGGCAUUUGUUACGCUUGUUGCCACAGACUCAUACGCAUCAGGCGCUCUUGUCAUUGCUCACCGGUUACGUGAUUUAGGCUCGAGGAAAGAGCUUCUAUGCCUCGUCACACCCAAUAUUUCUACACAUGUACAGAAUAUGCUAUCCAAGUACUAUAAGACGAUACCAGUCGAGACUAUAAGAUCCAAAGACUAUCAAAAUCUCUUACUUUUGGGUAGACCUGAUCUGGAUAUUAGCCUGACAAAAAUUCAUCUCUGGCGUCUUACGCAGUACAAAAAGAUUGUAUUCUUGGAUGCAGAUACCUUACCUCUUCAAAAUAUUGAUGAAUUAUUCGACAGACCUUCUUUUUCAGCUGCUCCAGACGCUGGCUGGCCAGACUGUUUCAACUCGGGUGUUUUUGUAGCAGAACCCUCGGAAACAAUCUAUCAAGAUCUCGUACGACUCGCUGCUGAAACGGGCACAUUUGAUGGCGGAGAUCAAGGACUUUUGAAUACUUAUUUCAGUUCAUGGCCUGAUUCAUCAUCACACAGACUUCCUUUCAUUUUUAACGCAACCCCAACGGCCCAAUAUGGGUAA